AUGAAGAAAUGGAUUGAAACACACAAGACAAAAGGUGCAUCAUCUGAGGCUACUGAGUGGCACCCAGAGGAGAACAAGAAGGCCAGCAUCCUGGAACCAGUUACAUUUGAGGAUGUCACCGUGGUCUUCACGGAGGCAGAAUGGAAGCGACUGAGCUCUGAGCAGAAGAAUCUCUACAAAGACGUGAUACUGGAAAUUUACAGGAUUCUGCUCUCAUUGGAGAAGUCCCACGUGUGUAGUGAGUGUGGUCGAGGUUUUAACCGAAAAUCAAACCUCCUUGUGCAUCAGAGGACACACACCGGGAAGAAGCCACAUGUGUGUGGUGAGUGUGGCCGAAGCUUUGACUGGAAAUUGAACCUCCUCCAGCAUCAGAGGACACACUCAGGGGAGAAGCCCUACGUUUGUAAUCAGUGUGGCCGAGGCUUUACCCGUAAGUCAGGUCUCCUUUACCACCAAGGGACACACUCAGGGGAGAAGCCCUACGUUUGCAAUGAGUGUGGCCGAGCCUUUACCCAGAAGUCACGUCUUAUUGGACACCAGAGGACACACUCAGGUGAGAAGCCAUAUGUUUGUGCUGAAUGUGGCCGAGCCUUUUCCCAUAAAUCAGUCCUCCUUCAGCACCAGAGCACGCAUUCAAGGGAGUGUUUGUAUGUUUGCAAUAAGUGUGGCCGAGGCUUUAAUUGGAAGUCUGGAUUCCUUAACCACCGGAGGACACACUCAGGGGAGAAGCCACAUAUUUGCAAGGAGUGUGGGCAAGGCUUUGACCAGAUAUGGAACCUCCUCGAGCACCAGAAGACACACUCGGGAGAGAAGCCCUAUGUUUGCAGUGAAUGUGACCGAGGCUUUACCCAGAAGUCCAGUCUCCUUAUGCACCAGAAGACACACUCAGAGAAGCAAUAUGUUUGCAGUGAGUGUGGCCGAACCUUUACCCAGAAGUCAUAUCUCCGUAAGCACUACAGGACACACUCAGGUGAGAAGCCCUUUGUCUGUAGUGAGUGUGGCCGAGCAUUUACUGAGAGGUCAGGCCUCCGUAAGCACCAGAGGACACAUACUGGGGAGAAACCACAUGUGUGUAAAGAGUGUGGACGAGGCUUCAGCUGCAAGUCAACUCUCAUCACACACCAGUGGACACACUCAGGUGAGAAGCCAUACGUUUGCAGUGAGUGUGGCCGGGGAUUUACCAAGAAAUCAGUCCUCCUUCAGCACCAGAGCACACACUCUGGGGAGAAGUUAUAUGUUUGCAACAAGUGUGGCCGAAGCUUUCAUUGGAAGUCAGGUUUUCUUUACCACCAGAGGACACAUUCAGGGCAGAAGCUCUCUUUGUAG